AUUUUGCUAGCUAUAGUUGGUCUUCUACAGAGUCAACCUCCUCUUGUUCUAACUUGAUUUUUUACAUACACUGCAUAUAACCAUUACGCACACUUUUUACACUCUUGGUAAAUGUGAUGUAGCUGUUGAGAAGCUGUGAAUGAUAUUGCUGUCACUGAUUGAUUUAGAGUUGAGAGAAAAAGAAGUGAUAAGGAGCAAGGAUGCAGAAUUAUCAUACCACAAGGGAAAAUUUUGUGAACGACUUGAUAGAUAUUGUAUUCUCUUGGACUCUUGAGGAUGCUCUCACUGAAAAUCUCUUCAAAUACCAGAUACCGAAGAUACCAAAAACAUUCAUGUCAAUAAAACAUUACAUGAAUUCAUUCAUCCCUGCAUUGAUUGAAGAAACUCAUAGUGAACUGUAUUCAGGCUUGAUAAGCGUGUCUCAAGCUCCUUUUUGUGAAAUCUCGACAAUUGAACCAUCCAGGGACUUCAAUCCUCCCAUGGGCUUGUUCUAUAAGAUUAAAUUGAAGAGCACCACUGAGGAUGUCCAAGCUGUAAGAAAAUAUGUACCUGAGGUUGGAGAUAUCUUUGCAUUCACAACUAUUAGACCGAGAAGUGUAGAUGACUUGAACAUGCCCGAAAACUACUACCAUAUCGCUUAUGUUGAAAGGAAAAAAGAUGAAUACACUGAUGAGAUCUCUAUAUUGUCAUCCAAUGACAUGGAGUUGGAUGCUAAAACUGACUUCAGUAGUAACAAAGCACAAAAGCUUUAUGCUGUCUUUCUUAUGAACAUGACAACAAAUGUUCGGAUUUGGAAAGCCUUGCACCAUGAGUUGGAGGCUGCAAACAUGAACCUUGUUUGGGAAGUGGUGCAAGCUGAUGCGAAAAGACAGCAGAGUGGAGAAAACUGUCCCAUUUGCUUAUCUGGAGAAAAUCUCAGUCCAGGCUAUUCUCAAGUACAAAACAUAAUCAGAGCUCAGAAUUUAAAUGAAUCUCAAAAGGAGGCUGUUUUAAGCUGUUUUACUAUGAGAAAAUGUCAUCAUAAUAGUGACCCCAUAAAACUCAUAUGGGGUCCUCCAGGGACAGGCAAAACAAAAACAGUUGCUUCCUUGUUGUUUUGCCUUCUGAAGUCAAGAAUCAGAACACUGACAUGUGCUCCAACUAAUACUGCAGUGAUAGCAGUAGCAACUCGCCUUCACAGCAUAGUUAAGGAUUUACAUGAAUAUGAUACAUAUGGUCUUGGUGAUGUAGUGCUGUUCGGCAAUGGUGAAAGAUUGAACAUAGAUAAUCAUAAGAGUCUUCAGGAAGUGUUUCUGGAUCGUAGAGUGAAAGAAUUGUUGCCAUGUUUUCUUCCAUUGACUGGAUGGAAACAUUACUUGGAAUCAAUGAUCAAGUUACUAAAGGAUCCCAAAGAGCAAUAUGCUAAAUAUAAUAAGCGCGAUGUGAAUGAUGGUGAGGAGGAUCUGAUGUCAUUAGAAGAAUUUGCUAAGAAAAGUUGUCCUAAUCUAGAAGCUGUAUAUAAUUCAUACAAGAAGCGUGGUAAGAGUCUUGUUCCUAUCACAUUGACGGAAUUUGUGAAAAAGAGAUAUGACCAUAUAGUGGAGCAAUACCAAAUCUAUGGAGAUGAGAAAAAGUUAAAUGCCGGUAUGACUAUGGAGGAAUUUGUUAGGCAGAGAUUCAGUUUCAUAGGAGAGAAGCUCAAGAUACUCAUGCGAACCUUGUACACACACUUACCGACAUCUUUCAUUCCAUUAAAGGUGGUUAAGAAAAUGUUUACAGCUCUGGACUUGCUAAAAUCUCUUGAAAUUUCGUUGCGGCAAACCAAGUCCAUUCAAGCUCUUCAUGAUUCUGAAGACGGACAAAAGCACUUUAAAUGGUUAAGCUCCAACAAAGACAUGCUACUGUGCGCCCUGAUUUCACUUUCUAUGCGGAUUCAGCUUCCCAAUAUUAUAAGCAAAUAUAGCAUAUCAGAAUUUUGCUUGAGUAAUGCAUGCCUAGUCUUUAGUACAGCAUCAAGUUCUUCUAAAUUGUACACAAAAGGAAUGACAGAAGUGAAAUUCCUAGUUAUUGAUGAAGCAGCACAGCUAAAAGAAUGUGAAUCAAACAUUCCAUUACAGCUACCAGGCCUCCAUAGUUGUGUCCUCAUAGGUGAUGAGAAACAGCUCCCAGCAAUGGUCAGAAGCAAGAUUUCUGACAGGGCUGAGUUUGGAAGAAGCUUGUUCCAGAGGCUGGUAAUGUUGGGAUACAAGAAGCAUAUGCUUAAUGUUCAAUAUAGAAUGCAUCCAUCCAUUAGCAUGUUCCCAAGUAAGGAGUUUUAUAAUGGGAAACUCCGUGAUUCUCCCAAUGUCAGAGAAUUAAGCUAUAAUAAGCGUUUCCUUGAAGGGAAAAUGUAUGCUUCAUACUCUUUUAUAAACAUAUCAAAGGGUAAAGAGCAAUCUAAUCAUGACUUCAGUUUGAAGAAUACGGUUGAGGCUGCUGCUAUUGCGAAGAUUAUUGGAAACCUCAAGAGGGAAUGUGUGAGGACGAGAACAAAACUUAGCAUAGGGAUCAUAUCUCCGUACAAGGCUCAAGUUUCUGAAAUCCAAGAGAAAGUUAAGCAGCAUGUAUCGGUUUAUGAUACCUACUUCUCUGUUAGUGUUCGUUCUGUUGAUGGCUUUCAAGGUGGUGAAGAAGAUUUAAUUAUAAUUUCGACUGUGAGAUCUAAUCGGAGUGGAAAUGUGGGCUUUCUUUCCAAUAGACAAAGAGCAAAUGUGGCUAUAACAAGGGCUAGACAUUGCCUUUGGAUAUUAGGAAAUGCAGCAACUUUAAUCCACAGUGGCUCAGUGUGGAGAAAGUUAGUUCUUGAUGCUAAGGAAAGAGGCUGUUACCAUAAUGCUGAUGAGGACAAGAAGUUGGCUAAGGCUAUUGACUAUGCCUUGUAUGAGAUGGAACUACUGGAUGGAUCUGCAUCACCAUUUCAGAAACUAAGCCUAAGGGACAAGCCAGAAACAACUGCUAAUUUCUCUAGGAAACUAUGGAAUUCAAGGCGAUGAUAAUGAACAAGGAUGGCUGAUUACUGCGUAGACCCUGGCUGACGCUAAUGCUCGAAUUUUUUCACCACAACAACAACCAAAUCAUGUUCACAUUGAUAAUUCUCGAGUUCUAACUCUUGUUUGUUUUUCGAUUGUUUCUCGAGUUGAACUAUUUGGACAUUAAAUUAUACAUAUAGAGAUGUUCUCUAUUUGUUAUCAAGUAUCGUGCAUCAUUAUUAAAUACUUUGAAUUCGGUAAUGUAGCUUGGUUACUUGAUU